CGGCAACCGUUCGUCCUUCAAAAUGUCGAAGUUUGCGGCUUAUUCCGUGGACAAAACCACGACCCAGUACGACGAGUACAAGUUCACACUGCCGGAGCUGUACCGCGAGGUAGCCAAGGAAGAGCUCCGCGAGGACGACGUGGUCCGUGAAAAUGCCCUCGCUGAGAUGCGCCAAUGGAUCGUGGAGAAUCCGCAUAUCCGCAAGUGUCGCAUGGACGCCAAGUUUCUGCUCCGUUUCUUGCGUUUCCGUCAGUUCUCAGUGCCGAUGGCAUGUGAGGCGUUAGAGCGGUAUCUGACGAUGCGUGAGAUGUACCCGAGCUGGUUCAAAACGCUCGAUUGUGGUGAUUCCAAGAUGAAGGAGCUCUUUGCGACUGGGUGCACCUCGAUUCUAGGACAGGACAGCCAUGGCCGCACGGUGUUGUUCUUCCGCAUUGCUCGCUUCUCACCGGAGAUGUUCGUACCGCCCCAGGGUGGUAUAUUCAUCGCGAUGCUGAUCGAAGCUCUGCUCGAGUGGGAAGAGGUACAGAUCGGUGGACUGCAAGUGUUGGUCGACUACACCGGCGUGGACCUGAAGCUGUUCGACAGCUGGAGCUCGUCUGAGCUGAAGCUCAUCAUGGAGGCGUACACUCAGUGGUAUCCGAUGCGUUACAACGAAACGCACGCUGCCAAACUCCCCAAAAAACUCGUACCGGUCAUCGAGAAGAUCAUUUCGUUCUCUAAUCCCAAGAUUCGAGAGCGUAUCAAUUGCUACGCCACCGUCGCCGAGAUGCAGAAGCAUUUCGAACCGGCGCUGGCACCCACGGGUUACGGUGGUGAGCUCGAUCUGGAUAAGGAUGUCAUACCGACGACAUGGAAGCGCAUCGAGCAACAACGCGAUGUUAUCCUGGGGCUGGAUCACAUGGAGAUCGAUCUCGAUUACUACGCACCGAUCUGGGACGAGCAGAAUCCGACCCUCACGAGUGAGACGCCCUCUGCGUGAGUCAAACGAUCGGUAACGUGAGCAAAAGGUCGUGAAAUAAAACCCAAGCAGUUAACAGCUUUUUGUGUCUGAUUUAUAUUUCAUUUUAUUGAACAACAA